CUUGCGUUAUUACCACUACAAGCACCGACAUCGGCACCUAGGAUCUGCUCUCCUUCUGCCUUUUCCUGCGGCAUAUUCGGUCUAACAGACCCCUUGGCAUGUACUCAUAGAGUACAGAUAUAUUCUUGUAGUUAAAUAUGGUAAAAGUAAUCACGGAUGAGCAGCCACCGCCUGAACGGAGAGACGCGACGAAGAAGAAGGUUACAGCAAAGAAGAAGAAUGCUACCACAGGGGUGUGGCCUUGCAAGAUCAACGGAUGUAACAAACAGUUCGCGCGGGAGGCAGACUUGAAGAGACACCAGAGGACAACGAAACUGCAUUCGAUGCCCGGAUUCUCAUGCCCUCAAUGUGACGCUACCUUUACAAGGACUGAUGCUCUCCGGCGCCAUCAAAAGUCAAGACAUAACGGCAUAGUGAUCGAGGCAAUGAACCAGGAACUACUCAACGAGGACCCUUCAAGGAGUAGCAGUAUUGCGCCGUCCAUCAAAGGCAAGGAACCUAUGUUACACUCCGCUCAAGGAAAAUCUGUGGUAUCUGGACCAGCUACUGGCCAUUCCAGUUAUUACCGUCAACAUACCGCACACUCAAGCACGUAUGUACCUGAAUAUACGCAGGUAGGCUUGCCUACGUCUGCCACCCGCCUUAACGGCGCGACGAAUUGGGCUCAGUCUCAGUCAUGGCCUGAGGGUGUACCACCACCUACCGCUAUAGGAUACCCCAUAUACUAUACACCCUCCCCUUAUUACCGCCAGAACGGGGUCACUUCUGUACCUCAGCAUCAACCUCCAACUGAAACAGAUUACCGCGCAGGUUCCUCAUCGAGAACCCAAUCACCCCAUCAAACCGCCCAAUCCCGCUUGGGGACUCCCCACAACGAUUCUAAUUCCUCCCCAUCUGGACCAGAGACUCCUGAUGGCGAUCAGCAAAUGUCAACUUCAAACGAGCCAGCUACGGUAAACCCUUCGGAUGUGGACACUCUUACAGAAGAGGAGAUGAAGGUCCUCUCGAUGCAGCUCACUCAUGCAGCAAUGGAAGCCGUACUCAAUAACGCCAAGUACCCGCGGCGGGAAAGUUUGCAUGGCGUUAAUUUGGAGGAAAUCAAUUCGCGGUGGUCAAGUCCACCUCAGCUAGAGAGUGAUUUGGACCACGGUGAGGAUGCUAGAAUGUCUCCCGAGGAACGUACGGGAUCGGGUUUGCUCUCGUAUGGGACGGCUCUUGAUCGUCCUGAGCCCAUGGAGCAUAUGCUGACGGAAGAUGGCGAGCCGAUGCUUAACCCAGCGGAGCUCCUGACACAAGAAUCUCUCGCUUCUCCCCCUCCUUCAUGACUUCAAGAUUGGUUGGACUUGUAGUGAUUCUGACGCUUUACUGUAUAACACUAUCUCCUUCCCUACCGUCAAGCAUGUAAGCUUUGUCGUUACUUUAGUAUCGGCACAGUCGAUUUUUGCUAGGUUCCGUGUUUAUGGUAGCCUUUGAUUUUGGUCAGACUCGUGUACAACAAUAUGCCGGGCAUUGCUCUACAUUAUCGGUUAUUCAUAAUUCGUAACAGCCUGAUUAAUACAUGAAUUGUGCAUCGGACAACAGCAAUGAAACACUAAAGCACGCAAAAAAUACAAAUUGAUUUGUUGAUCUACUAUAUGCUACAGAUUAUAGCUGUGGAGAGCCAAAAUUGC